CACUGAUUUACUGUUAUCAAAUUGAAUUGAUUUUCAGAUAGGAAACAUGGAAGAGGACGGAGUGAGGACCACAAUGUCUUAAAGAAAUCAGGUGUAUUGGCAGGUGUAUUAGAUCAAACACAUUAUGCAAAAUACAGACAAAAUUGACGAAAGGUGCCUUUAGAUAUGAAGCAAUAAAAUGACAGCCACCAACUCAGAAUACUCCGCUGUAAACCAAAUAAUACAGUUGGCAUGGAGAUACAACAUACUAGUACAACCAUGAUAUGAAUCGAUAGUAGUAUGAAUGAACCUGGCCUCUCAGAAGAUAUCCGCAGCGGCCAGGUUGUAUUUUUAACAUUAAUUAUUUGUAUACUGUGGAUACUUUGUAUCCUAGGAAACGUAUUAGUGUGCUUAGUGAUUUAUCGAAGCCGAAGGGUUCAGUCCACUACAAAUUAUUUCAUAGUCGGUUUGGCUUGUACGGAUCUACUUUUUGCCAUUACAGCUCUUCCUUGGAUAACAGGAAGUAUUCUGGUGGGGAAAUGGCCAUUCGGAGAUUUUAUGUGCCGAAUCACUCGCUUCCUACAGCAUUUCACAUUAGGUGUCACAGCUUUUGUUUUGACUUCUAUCUGCGUAGACAGGUUUUAUACCAUAAUUUAUCCACUGACAUUUAAAGUGACACGUGGUACGUCAAAAAGAAUGAUUGGAGUUGCCUGUUUUGUUUCGAUGGUAUUUUCGAGUUUUUCUCUGUAUUUUUAUGAAGAAAUUGUGAUUACUAGAAACAAUGUGAGCCACCAAUUUUGUCCAACAUACAUAUCACCAGAGACGGCACGGUGGGCUGGAGUAGGCUAUAUCAUUUCUAUCCUUAUAAUACAGUAUACAUCACCUGUUAUUAUCAUGAUUGUGCUAUACGCCAAGGUAUUCCACUUUAUAUGGAGACAUUCAGGAGUGUGUCUACAAUUUCAAAGAACAAUGAAUUCCGUUCCAAGAACAAAAGUUAAAAUGGUAAAAAUGUUAAUGAUCACUGCUUUGUCAAACAUUGUGUUGAUUUCACCUAUGUAUUUCCUUCAGCUAAUCGUUGGUUUCUUGAAAUCAACUCCCAUUGACAAUUUUUGGUACUACGCAUGCGUUAUACUCGUUUUUAGUUCCAGUGUCAUCAAGCCGGCAAUUUACAUGUGCUAUAAUUCAAACUUCCGCCGUGGAUGCAGGGAAGUAUUUUGCCUGUCUACCAUGCAGUGUUAUAGACGUGAACAAUACACGAUUACAAAUAUUUCUUCACUGGGAAGAAGAAAUCACAUUGGUGUAAUGAAUUGUACAUCUCAACUCAACUCGCCAUCACAUACAUUCGACAGGGCAGUAAGAGACGAGAAAAAUAGUUGGCCUUUAAACGGAACAGUGCCUUCAACGUCAAUUUAAUCUAACUGUUUCUUCGUCCGAAACACAGUUCUGUUUUUACAGUUGAAAUAUGUUUGAGGUUUUUUUUCAGCUCGUAGCAGCUGAAUGAUAUUAUUUAUAUAAAAAAAAAUAUGU